CAACAUUUUCCCGCCACCUCCGAAAUCCACUCCCUCUCUUCCGUUCCCUCACGAAAAUACAGUUUUUCCCCUUCCUCACAAACCCCCUCCAUCCUUCCCUUCUAACCGUUCUCUCUCGAUUUCCCCUUCUCUCCCUCCAUGGCGGAAACAUGAGAGACCUCGUCUACUACACCCAAACCGCCAAAUUCCGCCGGCGGUUCCGGCGACUCCAGCACCGCCUCCCCACCGCGUUCAUCAACACCAUCGCCGCCAUCUCCUCCCCUCCCAACGGCGAGCCCCACCCGCUCCUCAUCCUAUGGCGGUACCAGAUCCUCGACCCGGACAGCGACAUCGUGACGUACUGGAACCACGUCUUCCUCCUGACCUCCAUCCUCGCCUUGUUCAUCGACCCGCUCUACUUCUUCCUCCCUUUGGUCGUCGCCAAGGACCUCUGCUUCUCCUUCGACCACCACCUCGCCGUCAAGAUCACCUGUUACCGAUCCAUCGCUGAUCUGUUCUUCAUCCUCCACAUUGUGCUCAAGUUCCGCACCGCCUUCGUCGCGCCCAAUACGCGCGUUUUCGGCCGCGGCGAGCUCGUCAUGGAUUCCAAUGAGAUUGCUCAUCGCUACCUCAGGUCCGAUUUCGUCAUCGACCUCGCCGCCGCUCUUCCCCUGCCUCAGAUCGUAAUAUGGCUAGUAAUCCCAGUGGCGAGAAACCACACAGCAGAUUACGCCAACAACACACUCUCGCUCAUAGUUCUUAUCCAAUACAUUCCCAGGAUGUUCGUCAUCUUCCCUCUCCACCAACGCAUCGUCAAGACCACCGGCUUCAUCGUCAAGACUGCCUGGGCUGGUGCCGCUUACAAUCUCGUCCUCUUCAUCCUCGCCAGUCAUGUACUAGGAGCUACAUGGUACCUGCUGUCGUUUGGCCGGCAGUACUACUGCUGGAAAACGGCAUGUGCGAGGGAGAAUAAUGAAGGGAACAUAGGCUGUGUUAACCAAUUCCUGGACUGCAAAUCUAUGGUGAUGCCUGAGAGGCAGUACUGGCGGAAUGUGACCCAUGUUCUUGCGACCUGUGACCCUCUCAACAGUAACAUUGGGUUUGCAUUUGGGAUCUUUGCUGAAGCUUUCACUAGCGAGGUUGCUUCCUCGCCUUUUGUGGAGAAGUACUUGUACUGUCUAUGGUGGGGAUUCAAGAAUCUAAGUUCGUAUGCACAGAAUCUGGAUACGAGCAUUUUUCUGGGGGAGAAUGUGUUCUGCAUUGUCACUUGUAUCGUUGGGUUGGUGCUUUCUGCACAACUCAUUGGCAAUAUGCAGACUAAUCUGCAAUCAAUGUCUGUGAGAUUGGAAGAGUGGAGGAUUAAGAGAAGAGAUACAGAGGAAUGGAUGAGGCAUCGCCAGUUACCUCCAGCUCUCGCGGAGCGAAUUCGCCGGUUCGUGCAGUACAAAUGGCUCGCCACCAGAGGUGUCCACGAAGAGUCAAUCCUCUGGUCAUUGCCUCAGGACCUCCGUCGGGAAAUCCAGCGCCACCUCUGCCUCUCCCUCGUCCGCCGUGUCCCGUUCUUCUCUCAGAUGGACGACCAGCUCCUGGAUGCAAUCUGCGAGCGACUGUUCUCGUCGUUAAACACAGAAGGGACCUAUAUUGUUCGAGAAGGAGACCCGGUCAAUGAGAUGCUCUUCAUAAUCAGAGGCCAGUUAGAGAGCUCAACGACUAAUGGAGGACGAACAGGGUUCUUCAACUCGAUCACCCUCCGCCCGGGUGAUUUCUGCGGCGAGGAGCUUCUGACGUGGGCGUUGAUGCCCACAUCGAGCCUCAACUUCCCAUCCUCCACCAGAACCGUGAAGGCACUCACAGAAGUGGAGGCGUUUGCCCUCCAGGCAGAGGACCUGAAGUUUGUAGCCUUGCAGUUCAAGCGACUGCAGAGCAAGAGAAUUCAGCAUGCCUUCAGGUACUACUCCCAUCAGUGGCGGACAUGGGCAGCCUGCUUGAUACAGGUAGUCUGGAGGAGGUUCAAGAAGAGGAAACUGACAAAGGAGCUGACAAGGAGGGAGAGCCCCUUAGGUUCAGGGUACUUGCCUGUUAUGGAUGCGGACUAUUACUACUACAGCGAGGACGAGGACGAGGAUGAUGACUCUGAAGAAGACGAGUACGAGGAUGAAAAUGGGGAUGGGGUUUCAGGUGCGAAUCAAAGAGGGCUCGGAGCUACGAUGUUGGCUUCCAGGUUUGCUGCCAAUACAAGGAAGCAGAAGGGGCUGCAUGGGGCUGAAACAGGGACCUCUUCCAGCUUGAAGAUGCCUCAGUUAUUUAAGCCUGAUGAGCCCAAUUUUUACACUGACCAUGAUGUUUAGCUAGUAGAGAGUGUACAGUUUGUCUAUUGAGAAUGGUAAAGUUGGAUGAGCGUAAGAAAGUGUAGUAGUUUAG